AAUGAAACGGGGUGUUAUCCCAAACCUUCCAUUCUCUCACUAAAGUCUUCGUCGCUUCUUCUCAUAGUGCACCGGUUGUUGUGACCAGGUUCAAUGAUUGUUAGGGUUAGACUUUCUGCCACUCACACGUUCCACACACUCACCGAUCUCACUGGUCCACUUACUCCGGAGACUCACAGUCACCGCAGCUAGAACAAAAAAACCUGACUCUGGACCCUGUAAAAGAGUUAUAACAGAGAUCUUGAGAUCCUUUUCUCACUCUUCAAAUUCCAAAACUGAGUGUAAUUGAAACUUUGAAGUGUAUAAAUUUCUUGUUUUGUGAGAACAACAAAUUACUUUUCCGCUCAACGAAUAAUACGGGGUUUACGGACAAACAAUUCGUCGGUGCGUCUACCUUCUUCCGUGAGUUUUUCGUUGCUACUGCAUGGUGUACAUGUGUUCUAUACUGUGCAAUUCCAUCUGAGAAUCUGCCUUAUUAUAUCAAGAUUUUUGUUUUAAAGAAGCAAAAAGUGGAAGUACCUACAGUGAUGCCUGAUCUUCCAUUCCAAGUUGGGGAUUUGGCUGAGUCAAAGUCCUUUCAAAGUGGUUUUCGUGGUGCAUGGUUUCGUUGCAAGAUUAGAGAUAUCCGCACGAAAAAUGCUGUCAUAUCCCAUCUAUUGGAGUAUUUUGACUACACUGACCAAAAGCCAAGUUGGAUCAAGUUGUAUCAAAAGCCUCUAAGUAAUAUUGGCAAGUCAAAGGGCUUGAACAAGGAAUUGAUGUUGCGACCUUCAUUCCCUACUUUCUCUCGGGAAAGUGGAAAGCCUGAUGUGAAUGGCAGGUCAGAAGUGACUGUUAUUGUUAACAACACAUGGAAAGUUGGGGAUUUGGUAGAUUGGUAUACCGAUGGUUGCUAUUGGUCUGGAAGUGUGACUAAAUUAUUGGGGAAUGAUAAAGUGCAGAUUAACUUGCUACCUCCCCCACUGGGUGAAGGGUUAUCUUAUGAAGCAUUAAGCAAGGAUUUGCGCCCAACUUUGGAUUGGUGUCCUGAAAAAGGUUGGUCUGUGCCUAUACCUGUGGGUGAUGAAUGCAGGCAGCCUUGUGCUCGUAUAAUCAAUCCAGCAAAUUCAGAUGUAACGGAUGAGAUUGGUCGGCAUACAGUAAGGUUGCAUUCUUCAUCUUUAAAUUUGAAAGACUAUCCGGAUAGAUCCAUAGCAAGGAGAAAUCAAAGCAACAGUGCUAGAAAUGGUAUGGAGAUUGACGAGUCUGAUAAUGUUUCAAGUUUACACAUCAUGGAUUCGUCAGUUGAGAAUUUGGAAAUACCUAGCAUCAAUGGUAUAUAUAAUGAGUAUCCCGCAAAGAGAAGCGACAGAAGUCUCUGUCUUAAUUCCAUGUCUUCCAAUACUAUAGAAGCUGCAAUCAUAGACUUGGAAGAACUUGUCAACAGGAUUAAAUGGUUAAGGCAUGUGUUGAAUUUGAGGGUGCCUUUAUCAGAUACUAAACAGUCUUCUUGGGAGUUUUCGAAACAUCAUGCAUCAUGCAAAUGAUGGUUCUGUAUUCAAUGUUUGACCUCAGCAUAGAUUUCUUUUUUCUCAAAUAUAUUUUUCGUGCUAUAUAUAGUGCUUUUGGACAGCUUAUGUUGGUUCGUCUAUUUUUUGAAUUUAGCGCAUUGUACCUUGUGCCUUUCAUGGUAUGCAAUUGUUUCCUGCGUCUCUAA